AACAAUUUAGAUGAGAAAAAAAAGCACGAUAAUUCUUUUGUUGACAUCAUUUCAUUGAGUUUUUCUGCGAUAGAUGCAUAUUUUAUACGAUUAGACUAAUAUCGCAAUUUAUAAAAAAUGGAUGCACUAGAUAUACUUGAAAAGCGUAUAGAUACACUAUCACGCAUGUUGGGACCGCUUCCUGACGAUGGAAAUAGGAACACUAUUGGUGAUACCUCGGAGUUGAGCAAACCUCCAGGAGCCGCACCCGAGACGGUUGUCGAUUCUCUGCUUACAGUCAACAGCAUGUUGAAUGGGGUAAUCGGUGAUCGUGAGCAAAUCGCAAAAGCUAUUACACGUGCUCCAGAACUUGAAAAAUACCUCGAUCCAAAUUUCUUGGAAGAAAACCAGCAAGUACGUUCAAAGGAGGUGUAUCUUAAUGCAGUGGCUCCAGAUCUACAUGCGCAAUUUGAACAAUUGGAACGCGUUAAACAGCUAGAACCAACAUUAGGUGCAGAAUAUUUUCGCAGUAUACCUGGCGAAUGUACCGAAAAACUAAAGCAACAUUCACUAGAUAAUGAACAAUUUGCACAGCAAGCUGAGUUGAUCGAGGAAAGUCUGAUAUUAGCGAUGAAACGUUAUGGAGAAAUACAAGUGGGUUUAUUGGAGUCACUUGAAGCCAUGAACAAAAGACUUGAGGCGAUUGAAGAAAAAAUGGAACAAAAGAAACGCUCUGAGGCAGAAAUGGAGCUUCCAAUGCCCGAGUAAUAAAUAUAUUAGCUGUAUUCUCAACUUAUUUAUCUCUAUGUUUGUUAAUCCAAUGUGUGCUUUGGCUGAUAAGAAAGUUGAUUAAAAACUAAAAGGAUUAGUGGAAAACCGACUUUCCGAUGCGCCACUCUUGACGAAUUAAAUUCGAGGAACACAGACUAAACUUUGUAAUAAUGUAUUACACUUACA